AUGACGCUCAUGCGACUCUGGCGGCAGUGUGCUGUGCCGUGCUGUGCAGUGCAUGCCCAGGAUGGUCUGGUGGACGUCGGGCUGCCGAGUGAAAAGGGCCUCGGAUCGGGCGGUCAGUCGAGGUCGCUUUGCCCAUGGUCUCGCGGACAUUGCCGCGCCGGACUUUGCGACCUGGGCUCACGGCCUCAUGCCCCCGUUCGACACGGUACGGUUCGGUCCAGGAUCCGCCGUGGCAUCCAUCCAUCAUCCAUCCAUCCUGGCCGUCUCCAUGCUUGCUCCUCAAGCUCCCCCCGUCUGGCCCGCCUCCGUCCCGUCCAAUUUCGCCGACCACUCACGCACGCGACCAGUGAGACGCGACCAGGGUCCCGGCGCCGGGGUUUAGGCCUGGCCGUCCCGCGAGAUUGCACGUCGCACAAGUCUCGUGCGUUUUGGCCCGAUUGUGCAGCGUCGUCGCGUGUGGGCAAGCAGACAAACGGACAGGCACACACGUCCAGAACGGUGCGUCGUGACCGGACCGUCGACUUUUCCAUGGCCAAGAAUACCCGCCCAGCGCCCCGUCCUGGGUGGCGCUCUCGCUCUCCGUCAGCGUGCCGUCGAGACCGAGUCCCACCCAGACGCGCCCGAGCUGCCCACUGCACGGUCGAGCGGCCGAGGCAGUGGACCUCGUCGCCCCGUCAGCGUCCGAUGCUGCUGCUGUUGCUGCGGUGCUGUUGGUCCGUCAAUGGACGAUUCAGUCCGCUCCGCCGUCUCGUCUCGUCUCGUCUGCAGCUGCACCUCUGCUGUUGUGAGCUGCUGCUGCGAGCUGGAGCCCGGCACCACCACCACCGGAUCGGUCGGAGAGCUCCCUCACCACCACGGCCAAUGGCAUCCGCGUCCACCGCACACCCGCGCAGCGCCUCGUGGCUUUGGGCGCGGCGGCGUCAUUGGCCGUGA